GGUGGUAUUCAUCCGCAAGCUCACCACGCUGCACUAUUUGCGCUUAUAUAACUAACGCAAACAUUUUCACGUGUUGAAUCUUUUUUUACAUGAUUUUAUGGGAGCAUUUCCAUAAAGUGGGAUUUCUGUAAGUCUGGACUUCCGUAACCCAGACACUGCCUGUACACGUUCACGUGAUGGCGGGGGGUGAUUUUACCUGCUUCCCACCCCAUCCGUGUAGCGAAAGUACGAGCUAGGGGUCGGUCAUGCAUGAGCGGGUCCGCGUACUCUCAACUUGUGUACUCCGAGACCUUACUGUACUGAAAUGGGGAACAGAUACAGACUAAAUCCUGUAGGGGAUUUUUCAAGUCUGUCAGUAGCCAGUGGGAAAAUGCAUAUUUCCUUCUGUCCGUGAUUCCAUUUAUGUUUCUGUAAACCUGGGCACAGCUGUAUCCCAUAUGAUGCCGCAUUAGAUUGUGGGUUUAUUGUAAAUUCAUCAGUGACUGUUCGGAGGCAGCGAUGCUCGGCAUAUGUUGCACUUGCAGGUUAAUCUGUGCCGUGAACCUAGGAUCUUGGAGGUGCUGGUGCAGUACUUUGACAGGGAAAGCGUAUUCUCUUGAGCUACACGUUGAUCUCAUCCUGGAAGGAUUUUUUUUUCAGUUACAGUAUAUGAGAACUUGUUUUUUUCUGCCGUGACAUUACUGUGAUAUAAAUGUGUAAAUUUUCAAUGAAAAAUAAGCUUGAACUCUGACACAACGUCGUUACAGCAACAGAGAGCCCCCAGCGAGACAAUUAUUUUGCCCACAUGAAACCAAGUCUGAAUGGCUACGUGCAGUUUGGAACCGUGCGUGCAUCGUGUCAGUCAAUAACAGAGGGGACCCGCAUGAUAUGGGCAGGGCGGUACUGUGGUAACACUUGUGACUCGCAGUAACAACCGGCCUGGGUUCGACUCUCGACUCGGGCACCUUCUACAUUGCAACAUCGUCAACCUCCUGCAAAAAAACACGGCAGGACCUUCCUGAAAAAGAGUCUUGUGACUCGGUGAGGAUAAACAAGUGUACAGUAAUAAUAAUAAGAAUACAAUACAUUUAAUUUUCAGUACCUUGUGGAUAUUUUCUGUGGAGACUAACCUGUUCUUACCUGCUGGUUUACAGCGAAUUUUAAUAAGCAGGCAAUCGAUCUCGCUUAGGAUCGGCCUCGCCAUUGAAAUGGGUGUGCCGAGGUCCCCUGUGUGCAGUGAAAAUGUAUUUUGCAUGUUGUGCCACUUAAUGUGUCACUUGGCGUCGCUUCUGGCAGGGUUUUGCCAUCUUCAAUGUGCCACUUUUGGUUUUCCACACUUGUACUGCGCAAGGUCUGCCGCCUUUGCAAAUUCUGUUUUGCAAUCUAAAAUUGGUAAUGUGAAAAAUAGGAAUGCACAUUGUGUUUUGUAGAUUUUUAUUUUAUUUUUACUAGGCUGCAUGUAAGCUUGCUUAUCUGUUUUAAUUUUGGGUACACAAACACCAAUAUAAAUGACUAAAAUGUAACCAUUGGUGCAAUGCUCUGUGCAUUAUACUGAUUCCUAAUUUGAGUUAUUUAUUGUACUCAAUGAUAAUAAUAUUUAGUUUUAUAUCUAGUCUCGUUCAUACAAAUUGCUUCUCACAUUCGCGGUGCCAUGGUGGUGAGAUGUUAUCUACCUCGCCUGGUAUACAGAGGCCAUGGGUUCGAUCCCGACUCUGAUGCCUGUAUAUUUUGGAGUUUGCAUGUUUCUCUCCCCGUGAUUGCGUGGAUUUUUCUCUGGGGCCUCCGGUUUUUCCCUCCACAUUUAUAAUCAACAUGCGUUAAUCGUGUAGUGACAUCGCGGGAUGUCAAUGUGCAGUGCCGGCCCUAGAGAGGCACGGCGUGCGGUGUAAUGACAUCGCGGAUACCACAAUGGUGUGGGUGCAGUACAAGCCCUAGAUGGGCCCGUGAGCACUGAUUGUGUGAGUGCCAGCCGAAGGAUGAGGUUACUCGAGGCCAUGGCACUCUGGUUGACCCGGGAGGGCACGUGACCAGUUAAGUAUACAAAGCGGCCCCAAGUGGGGGCUAGGGGUGGUCACAUGGUUGGGACCCAGAUCCUUUCCGAGGAUUCUGGAAGGUGGUCAUGGCCAAGGGCGGAGCCAGCCACGCCACAGAGAAUAUAAGCCGGGUCCCGAGAGGGACCAGGGUGGUUGUUCAUCCUGGAAGGCGGAGGCUGGCGGGAGGAUGGCAUGGUGCGACGGGAUGAACAACAACGAUGGCGGAAGACCGCUCCUCGUUCUGGGGGUGGGCUCGUCGUGUGCUUCAACUGCGGCCUGCCGGGUCACGUCUCGGCGGGCUGCCGUGUGCCGGUCCACCGCCAUCAUCCGCCCGACCGUCCUCCACUCCACUAUAUCCGAAGCCAUGGAGCAGGUGCUGAAGACAUUUCCGGACAUGCCCCGCACUGCCAGCGCCAAGGAGACUGACCUCAUUUUCCUGAAAGGCCUCAUGGAGAGCCCCGUGGUGCAGUGUCUGGCCAAGGCUCAGGGCAAGCUUGAGGAACCCAAGCUCGAAGCGGUGAGCGAGAACAACCUAGAGCUGGUCCAGGAGAUCCUGGAGGACAUCUCCCCAAUGACGAAGCGAGACAAUAGUGCUGCUGAGCUCGCCACCAUCCUCCAGGAGCCCCACUUUCAGUCGCUUUUGGGAGCCCAUGACUCGGUGGCCUCCAAAAGCUACGAGUGCCUCCCGUGCAGCCCGCACCUCAACGCGGACAGCGGCGAUGAGCUCAGCGCACUCGAGUCGGGAGUGACAGACGCCAUCCGCAUGGUCGGGAUUCGCAAGAUGGAGGGAGAGCCCCUGGGCGUCACGUUCCGCGUGGAGAGCAACGAGUUGGUGAUCGCGCGCAUCCUGCGGGGCGGCAUGAUCGACCAGCAGGGCCUCCUGCACGUGGGCGACGUCAUCCGCGAGGUCAACGGCCGUGACGUCAGCAAUGACCCCGUGGGGCUGCAGCGCUACCUGCGCGAGGCCACGGGCAGCGUCGUGCUCAAGAUCCUGCCCAGCUAUACGCUGCCGCAGAACCCCGCGCCGCAGCUUUUUGUGAAGUGCCAGUUUGACUACAACCCUGCGGAUGAUCAGCUGAUACCAUGCAAGGAGGCGGGCCUCAAGUUCAGCCAGGGGGAUGUGUUGCAGAUCGUGAGCCAGGAUGACCCCGACUGGUGGCAGGCAUGCAAAGCACAAGACGGGGGCAGUGCAGGCCUGGUGCCCAGCCAGAUGCUGGAGGAGAAGCGGAAGGCGUACGUGCGGCAGGAGGUGAACUUCACGAGUGCCUCCGGUGAGUGUGCGGCGUCUCGUCUCCCGGAGGGGCCUAACCAAGGAGGAGCCUUGUGUGGAGUCUUGGGUGGAAAGAAGAAAAAGAAGCUGAUGUACAUGUCCACCAAAAACGCAGAGUUUGACCGUCAUGAGAUCCUUAUCUACGAAGAGAUGGCCAAGAUGCCCCCCUUCCAGCGGAAGACAUUGGUGCUGAUUGGAGCACAGGGUGUCGGUCGAAGGAGCCUGAAGAAUCGCCUCUUGGUAUCCGAGCCAUCGCGAUACGGCAUGACCAUACCCUUUACCUCGAGGCGGCCACGGGACGACGAGAAGGACGGCCAGGGCUACCACUUCGUGGCGAGGGCUGACAUGGAGGUGGACAUUAAAUCUGGCUGCUACCUUGAAAGCGGCGAGUACGAGGGAAACCUGUAUGGCACCAAGAUCGAGUCGAUCCACGGCGUGGUGCGCGCCGGCAAGAUGUGCAUCCUGGACGUGAACCCCCAGGCACUGAAGCUACUGCGGACGGCCGAGUUCAUGCCCUACGUGGUGUUCAUCGCUGCUCCAUCGGUGGAGAUCCUCCGCUCUAUGCACAAGGCAGCACUUGACGCUGGCCUCACCGCAAAACAUCUCACCGACGCUGACCUGAAGAAGACGGUGGAUGAGAGUGCCCGCAUUCAACGCGCAUACAUCCACUACUUUGACCUGACGAUAGUCAACGACAACAUGGACGAGGCCUUUGCAAAUCUGCGCGCUUACCUCGAGAGGCUGGUCAAGGAGCCCCAGUGGGUGCCAAUCAGCUGGGUGUACUGACAGGGGCAUUCACGAGUAAGGCCCAUCGGUCAUCACAUCAGCCCACUGGUCUGCCCCUUGUGAACCUGAGCCACAUGCAGUGUGGGGGGGCACGCGAGGUUGCCACUCUGUCGAGGAUACUGGUGGCGGCCUUUGAUUUCAAAGCCAGGUGGGCCCGGUGGAGAAGAUUCCUCUUGAAUUGCCCAUCACACGUUUCUUGGAAGCGUAGGAGCAUAGCGGAAUAUGUGGCAUGCAAAUGCUGUGCUUGGGGAUAACCAAAUGAAAGCUUAGCACCGGUUUUGUAAACUGGACACCUGUUCACUUCACUUGUGUCCACUGAACUGGGUUUGCUUCAUUUGCUUUUGCUUGUUGAUAGGGACGGUUUACCUUGUGUGACUAGCAGUAAAGGUUCAAAGAGAUUAUUGUGUGUAACAUUGCACUGGACACAUGCAAUGUGUUGUCUCAUGCCAGCCUGUGCGUAUAAUGGUGCUGUUUAUUUCUGUAAAAUUAGCUCCAGGCAACCUUUAUCAAACCUUUAAGUCCAUCUUUGACAACUAUAUUAAUUCAGAAUUCAGAGCAUUCAUCUCACAAAUGACAUGUCUGUUUAUGUUGUAAUACAGCAGCAGUGGUGGUGUUCCACAUCCAGUGAUGUGUUGUUGAUUUAAUCAUAUAAGCUAGUGCUGGGGAAUAAAUGGCAUUGGUCAGCGUUGUCAUGCUUGUCCCCACAUCGUUAUACAGAGAGUAUUUUGUUUUAUUUGUUACAUCUUGUGUAAUUUUUUGUUUUUGCAUUUCAAUUUUCUUGGAAAUUUCUUCAUCUACGCAAGCAUGAAAUCACCUUGAAAAUAUCUGCAAGUCAUAAGUUUAGCAUGAGAAUAUAAACAAAUCUAAUUUUUUUGCCUUAAAUUAGGCAAAAUAUUAAACAUCUGUUAAUAUUUCAGUCGCAUACAUUUUUGUGACGCAGAUAUAUAUUUUAUAAACGAGAAAUUGUUGUGCAGGCCUUGUAGCUCUUAGGCCUACAAAACAGGCACAGCGCACUUUCAUUCAUGGUCACUUAUGUCAGUCUCCGUUUAAUGGGAAAGGAAGCUGUGAAAGGCCAAUCUGUUAAUUGAGUUGGAUCUUUGAUUAUCGCUUGGCAAUUGUGUCCAAGUGUAUACAAGAUGAACAGUGUGAAUUUCUGUGUAAUCAAUUUUACAGUUGGUUUUAAGAACUACAGGUACUUAACCAAUCUGUAUUUAAAAAAUAAAUCGUAACACUCACCUAAUAUUGCACAACUGUUUUCUAGAAAAAAAUCGAAACGGUUAUCUCCUUAAAUCACUGUUUUUUAUCGACUUGUUUGAAUCGUCCCAUUUGCAGUUGGAAAUAAUACACUGCUACUAUUUAUACUUAAACCUCUCAUUCACAUAGCAAGGUUUUACCAAAUAUUAUUGAGGGUAGUUUUGAUAUCUGCUACUUGCUUGCAGCUUUAUUUGAGCCAGAAAAGUUGUAAAGCGCCUUACCUUUCCUCCUAUGUUGUUAAACGAAUGACGAUGAUAGGAAAGUAUUUGAAGUCGCCUUCUCUGUAGCUACGUAUAGGGAACUUGAUGGAUUUGUGUGAAAUCAUCAUCCUUGUUGGUGUAACUGUGCCUGAAUGCACGUGCACAAUUUGUUGCACUAAUAACAGUUUUAUGUUCUUGUAAUUUUUUAUUAUUGUCUUCAUCAGUCCCAUAUUAUAUACCUUUGACACGUAGCAUAUCGUGCCGUUAUAUUUUGUGCCAUUUGUGGACACGCAAGAAUGCAUACAUUUCUUAAUAUCAGUUUGUGUGUCAUUUCCAUGCUGCCAUUUUAGUCGAAAGGAAAUGCUCCCAGGAUAGGGCAGGUCUCAAUUAACCCUGAUGCAAGGGAGUGGCCUUCACUUGGUCCUCUUUUUAUUUUUAAACUGGUGGUCCUUUUUACGUUUUAUAAAAAUGGGCUAUGGUACCUGCACAUUUUGUCAAUGACACUGACAUGCAAUAUCUACUCUAAAAUAAACAUUAAUGCUACUGGGCAUUUAGGUCACAUGGCCUACUUUGAUAAUACCCUGCAACAUUACGUAAUUGAGAUUAUUUCAGCCACCUGUUGGGAUAACCACUAGGCUCUCCAGCCUUGUAAAUGGACCAUUAAACACUGGGAAAUAUUAACAUGUGCCGAAUCUUUCAUAGGUUACCUUAAUGUACCCAUAAAACUGGGAAAGCAACCAUCCAUGACAUAUAUCAAUAUUUAUACUUCUGAUUAAAUGUAGCCAAACAUGAACCGACAGGAAUUGACUUUGUUCAUAUGCAAGGGUGUCUGUAUGCAUUAGUAUGGUUGGCUACGUACAGUGCGAGAUAAAUUCAGCAUACAUACAUCUACAAUAUAUCACAAAGGCUUUGGCGACCAAUAUCAUCCAUAAUAGAGGUUCUAAUAAAAAAACGAUAUUAUGGACAUCUACAAUACUUUCAAAUAUUACAUUUUCUCUUUGUACAUUUUCCCUUGAUUAGCAUCCUAUUUUAAAGGCUCCGACGUUUCCAUUGACAUCAUUAGAAUGUUCCCUGAUUAAACAUUUUCCUGCAUCUAUCGUUCAAUUUGGCUGGUUCCUUGAAAAUGUUGAGGUAUCACUAUUUUACUCUCAAAAGUGAUAUUGAAACAAACAACAUAAACUCGUGCUGUCUUUUGUACUGCUGCGUUGAACUAAUUCAACUGGCGUUUACAUCAUUUUUACUUACAUUAAUCAGGACAAUGUUACACAUGAAAGCGGACAUAAACAUUUAAUUUUAUGCUCCUUCUCACCUUCUCUGCUCACAAUCCCAGCUCUCUCUUCCCCUACCUCUGUAGUGCCCAAUCACCAAUUCCAUUCGUUCUCGCUUCUGGCCCCCUUAUACUUGAACAGGCUGCACCCUACACGUCAAACAAUCAGUCUCACCGCCUCUUUUUCGUUCUUCCCUUAAAACUCACUUAUUUUCCCUCGCUUACCCAAACUCGCUCUUCCCCCUCCCCUCCCCUCCCCAUUAUUAACACCAUCAUCAUCCCUAUUGCCAACUUCUCUACCCAUUCAUCACACUCACUCAUCAUUAUUAACCACUCCUUGUCACUCGCAUCAUUGUUUAUUUCACGCAUCAUACUCAUCUUGCACUCCCAUCCUUCUCAUUAGUUUGGCUCAUCUCAUGACACUGUGCCGCUGUACAAAUAAAUCGUUAUUUGUUGAACUACCUUGGACAAGACGCUAUAUACAUUAAGAUAUGAUAUGCGGUAGUAGUAGUAAUAUGAAUAAUUAUUUACAGCCUUUGUAAAACUAUUGAACUGCUAGAUGAAGGACUUCCCACAACAUGUCGGCCGUGUCCAGAUGGAUAGGCUAGACUACACACACACAUGUAUGUUAUUUUAAUUCCAAGUCAUAUCUGACCCUAACAUGCUUAAGUGAGUUUUGAAAACACAUAAUUUCCAGUUAAAAUUCCAUUUUGUAUAUUUAGUGAAAAAACGUGUGGAAUUAUUAGUCUUAAAACAUUGCACACACCAUCUGUAUUGUGAGUCCCCAAUUUAUGACUUGAAGCAGAGGUGAACAUUCUCGUAAUGCAUACACUGCUUUCAAUACAAUGAAAAUGUCAUGGCCAUGAAUCUCUGUACAACCUUGGCUUUUAUAUUUAGUGACUCACAUCGGCUUAUAUAAACUGUAUCUCGGGUUUUAUAGUUUAGUUCCACCUCGGGGCUUAACAGGUUAUACCCAGUCUCAUGGUAACUUCUCUUACAUCUCAUUCAUUUUAAAAGAAAUUUUUAUUAUUUUAAUUUCAGUCGGAGUUUGUUGAUCUUUGUUUUAGUCCUCAUUGAUCUACUGGACAUCUGUAAAGAGCUUCGUAGCUCAUGGGAUUUCUCCUGGAAAAAUACAGAUUUUCGAAGUCGCAUCAUUAUUAAACAUCGAAUGAAAAACACAAGGUUACUCCAUGAAUACACGUGGAACAUGUGGCACUGCUAGUCCUUGCACAACCCCAUGGCAAAAGACAAGGCAUUGCCAAAUCGCAGAUCGGUAUCUUUAAUUGAACACGAUCUGGGAGAUAGAGCCGCAACUCUAUCUGCCACAGCUGUGCUGUAACCUGUCUGAGCUGUCCUGGUCUUAGGACUGAUCUUGGCGGAUCCAUAUGGUGAUGUGAGCUGUUGACGUGCCACCUACCACUGCUGAAGAUGGUGAUUUAAAUACAAAAAUGUCAUUGUCACAACGAUCCACGUGCUUGCUGGGCGAUGUGAAAUGUGCCAGUGAUUGCUGCUUACAAAAAGUGCUCAUCUUACCCUACUGCAAAGUGUAAUUUAUUUCCCAAUAGUUCUGUGUGAAAUGUGUUUUUUUUCUUUUACAUGAAAGGUGACUCUCAAAUGUUGUUUUAAUCCGGUAAACACCUGACACUUGAUUGCAUUGCACCUGUUGAAAUUCUCAGAGCACGGCCGAAACUUGCACUCAGUCACAUUUGUUUAUAGCAUCGUAAGAUAACUUACGCAAAACUAUUAAAAUGUUUCAUCUCUCUGAUUCUCCUGUUGAAGCAUAAACAUCUUCAUUAUCCAUUAAACGCAUUGUUUCAAGUGUUUUUUUAAGGUAGUGCACGUAUAUGUAAAUUCUAGUAUAUGAAUAUGCAUUCCGCGUUUAAAAAUAAAGGCAUAAUUGCAUCUUGAGAAAUGUUUUUUUAAAGACCGUGCCGACAUCUAUUUUGUGCGAACAAUCUUUUACACUAUACUCUUUGGUUCUUUCGGUAAAGUCACGUAGGUAGAAAUAAAAUAAAAUAAAUAUUUUACACUCUUCAAGGAGUUUGUAUCACCGUAUAAAUAUAGAUAUUUUUAAUGGUGGGUUGGGGCAGAUGUAUUUGCUAAUAGAGCCGGCUGUUCUGAGCUGCAAUCCUUACUGUUAAGGCAUUAUUGUGUAGAAUGAGUCAUGUCAGUAUUGAAGAUGUUUUAGAGAGAGUUUUUUUUUUGCUUGUUCUCAAUGAUGCCAUUGAGAAUAGAUGUGCAUGCUAUGUGCACACGAACACAAACAGAGAAUCAUUCUUUCUCACAUCAACCUCACCUGUCAAGGGAUGUACAGCUGCAUUGCUAUGUAUAGAAUUGCUAUACACAUGGACAGUGGUCAUCUUGUGAAAUUGAUCGGUGGGUAUUAUAUUUGACUUGUUCUAGCACUGUUAAGUUAUUACGAGUGUAUUAAUCAGAUUUAAAAACAACGAAUUUAGCAUUAUUGUUAGAAACAAUACGAUGAAAUUAUAAAAGCAGACUGCCUAAUUAACGGAGUUGAAUUUGUGUGAUUUGAAGAAAGUUCAUUAUAAUAGGACACUACAGAAACUUCCACGUUGCUCCCUUUUAACAUAGUUGACAGGAUCACUUGAAUGAGAUACGACCAUGCGACUUAAACAUAACAUUGCAUAUUUCUUGAAGUUACCGUGGAUUAAAACCCUGCUGUUUACUAAGUAGAUGGUGAACACGGUAUUAGCACAAUAAAAUGUAUCUGUUCAUGGGAAUAAUACAUUCUACACUCGUGCAUCCGCUGUUUUAGCCCUGCUCAAUACUGGUUGACUAUCACAGCUGUAUGUUGAAGAGGAAACAAGGUACCCAAGCUGGAAGAAGAAACAAUGUUUCAUUUCGGGUUUUUUUCGGAAAAUGUACAAACAUUAAACAGCGCAUUGUCAGAUUGUUGCAACACAUGCGGAUGUAGGCACAAUUUUUGAGGGUUUGCGGAUAAAAGAACAUACCAGAAUUGUAAAACACUUGCAAAUGUUUUCUUGGGAAAAUUAGCUUUGCUUGCACUGUUGGGGAGAUCAAUGGGAGGUUCUUUAGAUCCAGCCAUUUCGAGAUCUGUAAAGAAGUACAUUUGCAUCGUUCCAGAGACCCUGGUGCAUCCCAGUGCCACUCAUUUACGUUGAGUAAAUUUUACUCGUUCCUACAAUAUUUCAGCAACCACAAAGUGGACUAACCAUAGUAGUGUGCUAUAUAUAUUAUUGUCAGUGAGGCACAAUUUGAGUUGGUGCUCGUAGAAGGAUUCUGAAUAUCGAGCUUCUUAUUCUUUCCUCAUACAUUUGUACUAAUUGUCAAGCUAUAAUCACGGUCCAUCAGUGGUGCAGGACACACGUAGUUUUGGAACAUUCGGUCAUCCAUUGAAACAAUUAUUUUAAAUGAUAAAACAAUCUGAAAAGUUUCAACAUUUUUUUCCCACAAUCACGCAAGUCCCGUGCCAUUCUCUUAUGUACUAAAUUCUGAUCGUUUGUAAGGAAUAAUGUGUCCGUGCAAUGAUCUGCUGCAUCUCCAAAAGCUGGAAAGUGGUGCCAAAAUAUUCACCUUGUCACCAAAAGUGCCAAAAAUAUAUUUUACCUUUAUAUAAAAACGCUUUUUAGAAUUCAAACCAAUCCUGUCCAUAAUGCUUGAUACACAUACCUGAUACAAGUGCGUGACUUGUGCCAUGGUAGACAAAUGCAUCCUUGACUGACAUUUCUUAUCUCAGAUUGGAUGUUUUUGUUUCUCUUUUACUUCAUCUAAAUAUUUUCUGCACAGAGUGUAAAGUGCUUUUUGAAGUCUCAUCUUUGCAAGGCACGAUAGUUUUUCACCUUUGAUUCAACAUGUGCCCCGUUGACCAAUAUUUUGAUGAAUAAAACGUCUCAAAUUGUGCUAAACGUGCCACUUUGUUUAAAUAUUUGAAAUACACGUGUUUACUUUCAGUGAUUGCUUAAUGUGUCGUAAAACAUGUAUUAAAGUUACAAAAUGGUACUGAUAGAUUUUCAGAAAAUAUUCUCUGCAUCAAGUGGGCCUAUUUGAUUACAACAGCCUUGGUUCCGGUCCAAUAACUAUUCAGAAAAGGAGGUUUUCACAUUUAUAAAUCGUUAAUCUGCACUUCUUUAAUUUUUGGAUGGAUUUAACACUUUGUAAUUAAAUGUUAAAUACAUCUUUUUUUAUGUUGCACAAACUUUGUCAUCGUUGUAAUGGGAAUGUGAGAAUGCAUUUAGAACCACUAUCGACCAUUAGUUUCAUGAGGCAGUCUUUUAUGAGAAGAGAGAAUGCAUUUUUUUUUUCAAAUCUUGUAUUCCCAUGUACCUUGUGUGCUCAUUCAAUGGCAUUUUUAACAUAUAAUUUGUGACUUGUGUGUGACAUGUUGUGGAUACACUUAGAAUGAUAGUCUCGAUAUAUAGUACACGAUUGGUUUUGCACGUUCAUGUUUUGUGGAUGGAAUCACUAAAAACAAUCUGAACCACUUUCGCGUAAUAGCUCUAAAAGAAUGCUUUUUCAUAUUAACGCACAUCUUGUAAAACUGUUCAUUUGACAACAUGCCCGAUCCAGAACAAAAUGGAGAUAUUUAUUUUGUGUGAACUCUGUGCAACCACGUAAUAAAGUUUUUUUUUAUUGUUUAAAAAUGCAAACUAAUGGUUGUUUUUUUUAUCGAUGUACAGAACAUUAGUUGUGUCAUUUAUUAGCUGUAUAUAAUUAAUAAUUUGUGUCUUAGUGUGUCUUUGUCUUUGGUAUGCUUGUUUGUGCAGUCAUAGAUUUAGUGAUGAGUGCGCAUUGUUAGAAUCCAAGUCAUUACGUUUCAAUAUCUGGCCAUGCGCAAUGCAAAUGGAAAAUUGGUAUUUGCGCCUGCUCUAGAU